AUGCCCAGCCCUAGUUCAGGGUGUUAUGGCAAAAGCAUUGAGAAAAGAAGAUGCUAUCAUGCUGUUAUGGUUGGAAUACUUGCUGACAAAGAGGAUGUGUUCUACUCUGAGCCUCAGAGGUAUGCUUACACUUUCCAGAACUACAUGUUCGUCACGAGGCUGAUGCAGGAGAAAGAGUUUACUUCUGGGGUUAAGCCUCUUAGGUUGAUGGAAAGGAGUGUCUUCAGUGACAGAAUGGUGUUUGUGAGAGCGGUUCAUGAAGCGAAGUGGAUGAACGAGAUGGAGAUAAGCAUAUACGACUGUUGGUUUGAUCAUGUAGUCUCCGCUUUACCUGGAGUUGUACCUGAUGGGUUUAUAUACUUGAGGGCGAUUCCUGACACUUGCCACAAGCGGAUGAUGCUUAGGAAACGAGCGGAAGAAGGUGGAGUGUCGCUGAAGUAUCUGCAGGAUCUGCACGAGAAGCAUGAGAGCUGGCUCCUACCGUUUGACAGUGGAAACCAUGGGGUGCUCUCUGUUAGUAAACCGUCUUUGCAGAUGGAUAACUCUCUCCAUCCUGAUAUCAAGGACCGUGUCUUUUACUUGGAAAUGAAUCAUAUGCAUUCUAGCAUCCAGAAGGUAAAAGUUAUCUCAUUUUGUUUGUGUGCUAAAUGUCUAAAGAUAAGAGUUUGCUUAUAGACUGGUUAAUAAUUGGUUUUGUAACAGGUCCCUGCUUUGUUUUUGGACUGUGAACCAAAUAUUGACUUCAGCAGAGAUAUUGAAGCAAAGAGACAGUAAGUUCUUACUAAUAUUAAUGUCAUCAUAACUUGAGUUACUGAUAUGUUCUUGAUUGGUAUUGUUGAAGGUACACACGUAAAGUUGCUGAGUUCUUUGAGUUUGUGUAGAAGAACCAAGAAACGUCGCAAGAGCAGUCACCGUUGCUGAUGCCUCCUCAUAAUGGAGGUCUCUGGAUGGGACCAGAAGGGAAGCAUGUCCCGGGUUUAGAACUCCCGUCUCUGGGUUUCAGGAAGGCCGUCUGCGUGAGACUGUCCCCCACUGUUUUGUUUGCUCGGAAGGAGCAUUGUCAGGGUUAUCAUCGAAUGUCAAUACGUAUGAUCGGCUUUAUGUUUGGUUUGUUUAAGGAAACUUCUCACUACGGCUUUUAUACUCUCUCUUAGUUUAGUUAUUAACCCUUUUGUGUAGAGAAAGAUUUGAUGAUGUCUGGAUAAUUUUUAUUCUUAAUGUGUUUUGUUUCUUGAAAUCUCUUAUGGUCUGGAGUUUCAUUUGUCUCUAUAUUAGUCCCUAUCACAGCCAAACAAAUAUACAUCAAAGGAGUAUUUAAAGAAAAAGCGAAAUGUGCUUGGUCGUACAAACACUGCAUUUUCGUCCUAUCCAGGUAAGAGGUCCGAGGUGGAUCAUGGUGUUACAGCUGCUUCGUCUUUGUAAUCUCUUAGCGCAAGAAGCUUGAAACCCCUUAAGUGACAUCACAUGCCCUUUAACAAUGUAUGAAGUGUAGAAGCCGUAAAACCGGUUCGAGUUAAACGAUAAAUACGAUGUUAAGGAAAAAAUAGACGAUUCAAAACCGAAAUGGAAACGAAACCAUGGAGUCGAGACGAAUCUCUUUCCUUAACUCUUAAUAUUCACUCCGUUAGUGCGAC